AUGUCGGAUCUAAAGCAAAAGAAGUGGCAUAGGAUCCAAUGGUACUCAGACUCCGACACAAAACAAGAACGGCGUCUUAUUUUCAAAAUCGACGCUCUCAUCAUUCCGUAUGCUGUGCUAUCGUAUUGGGUCAAGUACAUUGACCAGUCUAACCUGAACAAUGCCUAUGUCGCCGGGCUCAAGGAAGACCUCGGGUUCUUUGGCAACGAACUGGUGCAUUUGCAGACCUUCUACGUGAUUGGGGCAGUUGUCGGACAACUUCCGUUCAUGUUCUUGUUUACCUACGUUCCUAUGUAUUGGUUAAUCCCGAUUCUCGAUGUUGCCUGGGGCAUAUUCACCUUGCUCCAAUACCGGACUAAAUCGUAUGCUGAGUUGGCCGCCUAUCGGUUUCUCGUGGGCUGGUUCGAGGCUGCUUUCUUCCCCGCAAUGCAUUAUGUGUUUGGAUCCUGGUAUCGAGGUGACGAAAUUGGUCGCCGCGGGGGAGUCUUUUACGUCGGUCUGUCACUUGGCACUCUAACUGCCGGCUUUAUUCAAGCGGGUGCAUCGGCGAGACUGGACGGAAUCCGAGGUCUAGCAGGUUGGCGAUGGAUGUACAUAAUCUGUGCGCUUAUCACUAUACCGAUUGGGAUUCUCGGCUACUUCGUAAUCCCCGGAACUCCAGACCAACCAAACAGGAAGGUUCUGAAACAAAGCGACAUCGAUAUUGGGCGGAAACGACUGGAACGUUCCGGGCAUCGGUCUCAUGGAAAGUUCAAGCUGAGCACCCUUCGACACAUACUUCUAAAGAAACAAUUCUGGGGCAUCAUUUUCGUCGAUGUUCUGUUUUGGAAUGCUGGGGUCCACGCAAGUACUGGGACGUUCCUCCUCUGGAUCAAAAGUCUGAACCGGUACACUCCAGCCCACGUCAAUGAGCUCGGCACCAUUGCCCCUGGGUUAGGCAUAUUCUACACCCUGUUCAUCUGCUUCGCCUCGGACCUUGUCCUAGGACCGGCAUGGGCUAUCACGGUUGCCCACAUUUGGAACUCAAUCGGCCUAAUUAUCCUCGUCAUUUGGCGAGUCCCCGAUUCUGCUCUUUGGUUCGCCUUUUCGACGAUCUACUCAUCUGCUGCUAUGUCGAGCGUUUUCCACGGAUGGGUGAACACUCAGCUUCGUUCUUCGCCGGCUGAGAGGUCUUUUACACUGGUCUUGAUAAACGCCAUAUCCCAGUCAUCCACCGCGUGGACGCCUUUACUCGUAUUUCCAACGAUUGAAGUGCCCCGAUUCCGCAAGGGGUUUGCAUUCUGCCUCUCUUGUGCGGUUUCACUUAUCGUGGCAACACAUAUACUGGAGGCUUAUGUCAGGCGUGUCGAGUAA